AUGGCAUUGAAGGUUGUCGCGUUUGACCUGUACGGUACACUCCUGUCCACCGAGUCUGUCGCCGCACAGCUCGAGCAGCACUUUGGCCGGGACCAGGCACAAUCCAUUUCUGCGCUAUGGAGACGCUACCAGCUUGAAUACACGUGGAGAUUGAAUAGCAUGGGGGUCUACGAGUCCUUCUCCGAUGUCACCAGGAACUCCCUCCGCCAUGCCCUGGCAGAAAACGGCCAACAGCUUGAACGACGCGAGAUCGACCGGCUGAUGGACGCGUACGACUCGCUCUCAACGUUUCCGGACGUGCGGCCGGCGUUGACGCGCCUGGCAUCUGUCCCAGGCGUCAAGGCGGUGGUCUUCUCGAACGGCACGGACGAGAUGGUGUCCAACUCGGUCCGACACUCGAACGAUCUGGCACCCCAUGCAGACCUGUUCGCCGCGCUCGUCACCGUGGACGAGGUGCAACGGUACAAGCCGGCGCGGGCAACAUAUACGCACCUUGCGCAGACGGUCGGAAAGACUACAGACCAGAUGGACGAUCUGUGGCUGGGCAUCGUGUAUUUUGCCUCGCACCGGUUCCUGUGGCCUCUGUUUCGUGCUCGCCUGCUCCCUAUAAUUCUCCUGUCCCUAUUUAUAUACACGCUUCUGUUCCUCUUUGCCUAUCUGCCGCAGGUGGCCUUCCUGGCCAUCUUCCAGGGAGCAACCGCCUGGGUCAGCGGUGCGGUGUUGGUGCUCGGCGAAGGGGCGGCCAUCGUAGCCGCCCUCUUCGAAGCGUUCUUCGUCGACGAGACUCUGGUUGAUGUCUUUGACGCGGUGUUGGUCAACGAGGGCCAUGAGGCCCUCGUCACCACCUCGAGAGUCCUGUAUCCCCUGGGCGAAGACCCUGUCCGGCGGCUAGGGAAGCCGACUAUCAGCGCCAUCUACGCACCUUUUUCCCUACGUCAGAUUUUCGAGUUCGUCGUGCUGCUACCGCUGAACCUGAUCCCCGUGGCGGGCGUCCCCAUGUUCCUCAUUCUCACCGGAUAUCGCGCGGGGCCAUUCCACCACUGGCGAUACUUCCAGUUGCUUGAUCUGACCAAGAAGCAGAGAAAGGAGAGGAUCCGCCACCGGCAGCUUCAAUACACCACGUAA